GUUGCGGGAUAGGCAGACCGUCGGAAGUUUGUGGGAGAUGGGCUGAAAGUCCAGCAGAAGGCAGACCGAAUAACACUGCUGCACAGGAGUUUCACAGCUGCGUAUAAGUGUGGUAAUGCUUAGUCUCAGAUAUGCCGUACGUAGAUCGUCAGAAUCGGAUCUGUGGCUUUCUAGACAUCGAGGAAAUGGAGAACAGCGGCAAGUUUUUACGACGCUACUUCAUUCUGGACACGCUGGAGGUCAGCCUGGUGUGGUACAUGGAUAAUCCUCAGAAUCUUCCAGAAGGAACAUCCAACGUCGGCUCCCUAAAACUAACAUAUAUAUCCAAGGUUAGCGAUGCCACCAAAUUGCGUCCAAAGGCGGAGUUCUGCUUCGUCAUCAACGCUGGAAUGAGGAAGUUUUACUUGCAGGCGAAUGACAAGCAGGAUUUAGUGGAGUGGGUCAGCGCACUCAACAACGCCACCAAAAUCACAGUGCCGAAGUCAGGCGAGCAGGUGGCUCAUAAUACAGCAGAAGCGUGUGUGGACACGUCAGGCACCACGAAACAAGUGUCCUACAAGACCGAGAUCAUCGCAGGAGUGCCCAUCAUCACCACCACACAGGAAAAGGGUGAAGAUCAGAACGGUGCAGACAGGAGCGGGCUGAGGAAACCUCAAGGUCCGCUGCCGUAUUACCUGAGCCGGAGUAACCAGGACCAGUCGGUCAUAAAAGCCGGAUUUUGUGUCAAGCAGGGAGCUGUGAUGAAAAACUGGAAGAGGAGAUACUUCAUGCUGGAUGACAAUGCACUCAGCUACUUUAAAUCAGAAAUGGACCGAGAACCAUUACGAGUUGUUCCUCUGAAAGAAGUAAAUAAGGUGCAGGAGUGUAAACAAAGUGACUUGAUGAUGAGGGACAAUCUUUUUGAACUGGUUACUACCUCAAGAACGUUCUACAUUCAGUCGAACAGCCCAGAGGAGAUGCACGGCUGGAUCAAGGCUAUCUCUGGGGCCAUAGUGGCCCAACGGGGUCCUGGACGCUCAGCAGCCUCUAUGCGUCAGGCCAGACGGCUCUCAAACCCUUGUAUACAGAGGUAUACAUCCUGCAAUGGUGAAUGCAGCACGAGCACGCUGAACCCACCUCCACGUUCUACUACAGCGAACCGUGUCUCCCAACUCCUCGCUCACCCCUCCCCACCGAACUCCAUUACCCAGAAUGCCGUUCCCCCUCGGGCUCUCAGCAUGGCGUGGGAGGGGCCAGACCUGAACAGCUUGCCGCCUGGGGCCCGAGCGCGCCUGUCGCUCCAGGAGACGCCCCAAAUCUUCAAGUAAAUGUUGAUGACUCGUCGCCAUGGCAACGGAGAAGCAAAGUAAUCCAGCCUCCGGUUUGCCCUAAAGAUAAAGAGCGGCAAGUUACCGAGGUGUAACAAUGUACUUGGUAUAUUACACACACAUCACAACAAACUAUUGACGUCAAAAUCAGAACAGGGACUCGAGCCCAGUGCAUCAUGGGAUAUGGAGGACUAUGGAAUUUGGAGUUUUCCGUGGUCAUUCUCAAGCCUUUCAGAAGACGUGUGCACUAUAACACAGAUUUAUAAACCAGACAAUUUGUUAAAGAGGCUAUAUGGAUGAAUUUACAUGUAUUAAUCACUUUUUUUAUUGCCAAUGUUUGAACAGCUUGUAACGAAACUUAAAAAAUGAGACCUUCCCUAAUUUCCUAGGUUGUCUAUGAGAGCCUGUAAACGUUUUUUUAUGCGAAGGACUGGGAACGUGUUUGCUGGGAAAAUCAAAAGGAUGUGACGUUUAAGCCCAAAGUA